UUGCUCAUUCUGUAUUUCCGUGCUCAAGCCUUCGCACGUGUCUUGAGUCCGCCGCAACGAGAAUCUUUCGACAUGGGCAAGAGGAAAGAAGAGCUCCGAGACGACGAGAUACGACGAAAAAUACAAAAAUUGGAAAAUAAGUUGGCGAAAAAACCAGCUAGACGUCGAAUUAUAUCCUCAUCGUCCGAUUCUUCUGCACUUUCAGACGACGACACAAGUCAAGUCGCGGUACACAAGGAAACUACUGUGGCCAUGGUCCACUGUUCGCCAGACUCGCCACGGGUUACUUCGCCACGUGCCGUCUCGCCGCUGCCGCCGCCGCCGCCGCCGCCGCGCUCGCCGCAGGACAUGCCGUCGCCUUCGGAACAGCCGACGCCACCGGAACAGACGACGCCACCUCAAAUUGAUACUGAGACUGAUCUGCCUGCUCAGGAAGAGCAGCAACUCGACGACGAGAUUUUGUCCUUACUGGGUGACGCCCCAAAAAGUGACCAGCAAUUUGGACCACCUGUGCACAAGGACAUUGCCAACCGAUGGCAAGAAAUACUUGUAAAGGGUUUAGACAAGGAGACGAAAGAAAAACUGUUAAAGCAGUAUAUGAUCCCUAGAAACUGCGACAUGCUUUUAGCCCCCAAACUAAACCCUGAAGCAAAGGCUGCCUUGUCAGAUGGCUCUGUAAAACGCGACUUUUGUAUUAUGCAAAAACAAAAUCAAGUGGGCGUGGCCCUUGCUGCCCUGGCCUCUGUUACAGAAGCAAUAAUUUCAGGAGAGAAUAAUAAACAAAAACUUCUAAAGCCCCUGAGUGACGCAUGUCGAAUCCUGUGCGAUAACCAUCACAGCGAUACCAUGACGAGACGCCACUUCGUCUUAGCGUCAACAGAUGCUUCUCUUAAAGAAACAUUGGUCGAAGCAGAGAGAGAUACAUUUUUGUUUGGCGAAAACGUGAGCGAAAAAUUAAAGGUAGCCAAAAGCAUCCAAAAAACCGGGGAGUCAUUAAAACAACAACAAAAGUCAGUUUUCAACAAAAAUAAUUUUAUCGCAAAUAAGGGCCAUUUAAACUUCAAGCCCCAUCGCAGGACCGACAACAAGCCGGGCGCCAACACGGCGCGCACAGCUCGCGCUCCUCGGACGCCUCAGCGCUACCAGCCCAGCGCGAGCAGCCACCCGUACCAUCGCCGGGCGCCGCCGCCGCAUCGCGCCCGCACGCCGUCGCCUCGACGCACCCCCCGCUAUCGGACUUAUCGGAGAUAGACUACGAGGACGAGUCACAACCUAUACAAGACCCUCAAAUUGGUUGCCGCGAAGCUUUCAGGCAGGCGUUGCUGAAGAAGUCCCUGCCUAUUAGAUGCAUAAAAAUAAUGGUAGCUUCCCUAUCAGAUUCAACAUACAAACAAU